AGGUGUAGCGUUACAGGGAUGCAUACGAAAUGUCAAAAUAAAAAAGUAUCCCUGAUCACUCAGUAUUGUAGCUAUUGCGGCAGGGUGACAUCUGUUUUUCCGGGUUAUAACGAAGUAUAAUAACAGCGAUAAAAACGGACUAAUAUUAUUCCAGAUAAAUUGCUGAUGUUAUCUUUUGAGAUCAUUACUUUCAAUGAAGAACAUCACUUCAAUUGAUUGGGCUGCUAGAUUGGUAGCAACGUGAUGGACAGCAAGCUGACAAUUUUAUAUAUGCAUUCUUUUUCGUUCAGACCACACACACAAGAAUAAAACAUGCAGGGCCUAUUAGUGUUUACCAAUAAUUUAACUUGGAUUGGCAUAAAAAUGGCGAAAUAAAAGUGAUUUUAUAUAUCGUCAUACACCUGUAUCAUAAUUUUGUAAAUGGGUUUGAUUAUUCCAUAUGAACUGCAAACAACCUUCAUUGUAUUUGUAACUCCAUUCGUAUAAUGACCGUCAUGGAUUAUCCAAUAAGGCUCCAUGUGGCGGACUAUGUUGUCCUUGGAUUUGGAAUAGCUGCAUCUUUUGCAACAGGUGUCUUUUACGCAAUCAAAGAGCGCAAACAUUCAACGUUACUUAGGUUUCACAGAGGAGAUGGAAAAUUAAAUGCCAUUCCAGUGGCAAUUUCGCUACUUGUGACGUUCGAAUCUUCCAUUUUCUACCUUGGAUACCCGACUGAAAUCUACAUCUACGGAUCAAUGUAUUGGCUACUGAACAUUGGAUUAAUUCUUGGUUAUCUUGCUAUGUUUUUCAUAAUAAUCCCCCUGUUCUACCCACUGCAAAUUACAAGUGUGUAUGAAUAUCUUGAAAUGAGACACGAAUCUAGACUACUUCGCCAGAUUUCAAUGUGGAUGGGGACACUUGCCAUGAUAAUAUACGCGGGAAUUGUCAUUUUCGGGGCAGCUAUAGCCAUGGAAUCAGUGACGGGGGUCCGUGUAUGGGUCUUCAUAAUCGCAAUCACAGUUUCCGCAGUAAUAUACACGUCGCUUGGUGGAAUAAAAGCAGUUGUGGUCACCGACGUCGUCCAAGGGGUGAUAAUGAUGAUCGUCAUUUGCGCAGUUGUCAUCUAUGGAACUAUAAAAGUAGGAGGAUUUUCAGAAGUGAUAGCUAUUAACAAGCCAGCUGGACGAUUGGAUUUAAUUGAUUUCGACCCAAAUCCUUACAAAAGACACACGUUCUGGACACUGGCUAUAGGAUAUGGUUGGAUUUGCGCGGGGAUAUCGUUUCGGCAACCAAUUGUUCAAAGACUUAAUUCUACUCGGUCUAUAGAUGAAGCCAAAAAGGUCGUAGCUCUCGCAAUACCCGGAUUCGUGAUAAUGCAAGCCCUUGUUAUGUUUGAAGGUUUGGUGGCUUAUGCCUAUUUUUCAAACAAAAGAUGUGAUCCACUUGCUUCCGGAGCCAUCUCAAACCCUAACCAAAUAGUGCCGUAUUUCGUUAUGGACCUUUUCCGGGACGUACCGGGCAUUGCAGGGCUUUUCUUGGCUGCGCUAUGCAGCGCGUCGCUUAGCACAAUUUCCUCUUUAUUGAGUGGCGUCUCGGCCGUCGCAUCGGAGGACAUUAUUCGACCACGCUUGAAACACAAAUCAGAAAAGUACCUGACUAAUAUUUCAAGACUCAUAGUGGUUUUGACUGGUGCAGUAUGUAUUGGCGUAGGGAUACUCUUUAGCUACGUAGAGGGAGCCCCGAUGGGACAAAUUGCAGACAGCAUUCUCGGCGCUGUGGAUGGACCCGUUUCAGCAGUAUUUUAUCUCUCAAUAUUCUGCAAGUUCACAACACGGCGCGGUCUCUAUGUCUGCAUCGUAGUUGGUUUGUGUUUUGCCUUAUGGAUGUCACUUGGCUACAACUUCUCGCCAGGACGUAGGAAGACGCCAUGGCUACCUCUUGGACCCACUGAUGGAUGCACAGUUAACAACUUUACAACCUUCGACAAUAUAUCUUUGAACCAGCAGAACACUUUUCAAUCUCAAAUGAAUAUAAGCACUAUUUUGAACACAACGACUGGCAGCAGAGACGGGAACAACACGCCGUCUGUACGUUCCAUUGAUGGCAACAGUAUUACGCCUUUGAACACGGGACGCAGCGACGGACGCAUUGAAGGGCUGGAUUGGUUGUAUUCUAUUUCGUACAUGUACAUUUCAUUACUUGUCUCAAUCGUCACAAUAACAACUGGACUCAUUGCAAGCAGGUUAACAAAAGACAGACCAAAACCCGUACCACAAUAUUUGAUGUUAAAGCUGAAUCGGAGAUUCCUUAAAUGUAUGCCAAACUAUGCGGCACUAGUUGCCACGGAACCCCUUGAAAACGGAGAGCAACAAGAAAGCUCUUGCUAAAACAUAACUAAUUUCAACAUGCAUGCACUAUGGAAGGGCAAGGGGUCAUACUUCCAAACCGCGAAAUGAAAUUUUAAUGCUGUUUUGUUUUUCAUUUUCUAUAUGUGAUAAAACUGUGCCUUUGUGCUUAACUGUUUGCAAGCACAUCUAAUGUUGGCAAUUCUAGACACAUUUUAGAAAAUCGUUACCGAAACAUCAAUCUAUAUGAACCCCAUUUUCUGAUUUAUGAGAGCUUAUUUGGUCUUCCUGUUAUUUAUGUUUUCUAAAAAGAAUCUGUUGCUAUUUCAAUCUAUAUAUGAUAGUUUACUAUAACCAAACGGAAAAGUGUAAUAUGAUUCGUGCUAAAUGCUAUUACGCUUUCUGCUUUAAAGCUGCACUCUAACAGUAAAUAAAAAUAUAUUAUAAUUUGUGUAUACUUUAUUGUGAUGCUUUAUUUCUAGCACUCAAAUUUACAACUUAUCUGUCAAUUAUAAUUAAAUAUAGCACAGUAAGCACUCAACGACCUGACCUUUUGUAAAAUGAAAUUUAAUUAAAGACAAUAACCUUUCAAUGUAUUGCUAAAUUGGCAAGUGAAAACCUCUGGCGGGAAAGUCGAUAUUUUAUUUGUCUAAUUUAAAUUGUCUUUAUUUUCUUCUUGGCACCAAAAAACAAUUUUAGACUUGCCUGUUUGUGAAGAAAUCCAGUAUUCAGUUCUAAUGUUUUACAGAAAUAUUUUGAACAGUAAAAUAUGUCAGAUUUUACAAACUAAAUGUGUCAGAUUUUAAGUCGUCAAUUUUAAUAUUUUAUGACUCUAAAACGUUUAAACUUAAAGUUCAAAAAUUUAAAUGAAUAUGAUAAUAGAUUAUGGAUAUUAAGGUUAGAUACGAAAUUGAUGAAUUAGUGAAAUGUCAGUUCAAAAACUCAAAAAAAAAUUAUUCAAGCCUACAGUACAUUUUCAGAGUACGACGCCAUUUACACCUUCUAGGCUUAUUAAUUGUCAAUUGUAAUUGUAUAAUCUGAAGUUAUAAGUUACCAGUGUUUAUUGGAGAUGUAACACAAAGCUUAAAGCUGCACUUACACAGAUUAACCAUUUUGACAACUUUUUUAUUUUGUUUCGGACUGGGACAAUUUUUAUUAUGACCUGAGUGGUAUAAGACUGCUGACAAAAGAUAAGACCCAGUUUUUCCUACCCUAUUUACGUUCUAAAUUUAAUGAUCAAUGGCCCUAAAUUGUUUGAUUAAUGGCUAAAAGUGCUACUAACACUUUAAGAAAAAGGCAUUAAAUAUCAAGUUUUGAUCAUUAAUAUGAAAACCUCCUGUCUGAAUUUUUUUACCUCAGUCUUAUAUCACUGGAGUCCAUGCAUUUUCACAAAUACUGGCUUGUUCUAAGACAAAAAGAAAACAAAUGUUGUUGAAAAAUUCAAUGUGUCAGAGUGCAGCUUUAAAAACACAGUGAGGAAAUAUGUUUUUAUGAAAUAAUAAUGAAACCUCAAAGGAAUUUUACGCAUGAUCAAAGUCUUUGAUGAAUUUUAAAGCUUAUUAUUUACGCAUUUUUUUAAAUGUUUAUCUUCUCAUGUGAGUUUAAACAAAUACAAUAGAUCACUUAUA